AAGAGUUUGGUGAUGGGUGAACAGAUUGGGCCUCCCUCCAGACCUUCUUCUCCAAACCCUCAAGAACGUGUGCUGAAGUGUGGCUGGCUGAAGAAACAAAGGAGCAUUAUGAAGAACUGGCAGCAGCGGUGGUUUGUGCUGCGUGGGGACCAGCUCUUCUAUUAUAAGGAUGAAGAGGAAACCAAACCUCAGGGGUGUGUCUCACUGAAGGGAGGCAGCAUUACUGAGAUGAUGGGAGACCCAGUAGAUCCCAAUCAGCAACAGAUAGAAAUCUCUCCUGGUGGUGCAGGGGACCGGGAAAAGAUGCCUGUCAAUCAUGAGUCUUUCCUGCUCAUGGCUAAUUCCCAGAAUGAAAUGGAAGAUUGGGUGAAAGCCAUCCGACGGGUUAUAUGGGCUCCGUUUGGUGGAGGGAUCUUUGGACAGCGAUUGGAGGACACUGUACAGUACGAAAGGAAAUAUGGCCAGCGCUUGGCCCCACUGCUGGUGGAACAGUGUGUGGAUUUUAUUCGGGAGCGAGGUCUUACAGAGGAGGGGCUCUUUCGGAUGCCUGGCCAAGCCAAUCUUGUCAAAGAUCUGCAGGAUUCUUUUGACUGUGGAGAGAAGCCCCUUUUUGACAGCAACACAGAUGUUCACACUGUGGCAUCCCUCCUGAAGCUUUACCUUCGAGAGCUGCCAGAGCCUGUCAUCCCCUUUGCCAAAUAUGAAGAUUUUCUUUCUUGCGGACAGCUGCUCUCAAAAGAUGAGGGAGAGGGUACCCAGGAACUGGUUAAACAGGUGAAGAAUUUGCCCCAAGCCAACUACAACCUCCUCAAAUACAUAUGCAAGUUCCUUGAUGAAGUUCAGGCUCACUCCAGCGUUAACAAGAUGAGUGUCCAGAACCUGGCUACAGUAUUUGGACCAAAUAUAUUACGACCCAAAAUGGAAGAUCCAGUGACCAUGAUGGAAGGCACCUCACUAGUUCAGCACCUGAUGACAGUGCUGAUAAGUGAACAGGGGCGAAUCUUUGCUGUUCCUCAGGCAGAUGUGCCAGGGAGCCAGCUGGAAAUCAGACCUGUGCGUCAGCGCAGUACUGUGGAGUGGAUCUCCGAGGAGGACGGAGAGGACAGCAGGUCGGAGGACAGCGUUCCCAGCCCCGCUGAUUUGCCUUCUAGCAAUGCUGUGGCACUAGAGACCACUCCUGGACCUGCGGUGAAAAACACUCCUUCAGAGCACAGUGGCAAAUUGACCCAGCCUGCCACCAGCCCCAACAAAAGAGUGCAGACACUGCCUGCGUGGAAAUACUCCUUCCGCCAUCAGGGAGCACGGUCUGUGAGUCCAAAGCUGGGCAGCUCAUCCUUAGAUAUCCCCAACCUCUCCUCCGGUGGGAAUUGGUUGAUGAAUGGACUGUACUCCCUCCGAGGCCAUCGCCGGACAGCCUCUGGGGAACGAGUUAAAGACUCGUGUUCUUCCCAGAGACUCUCUACUUACGACAACGUCCCUUCGUCCAGCCUCUCGCUUAGCACACACAGUAUGGCCAGCACCACAUGGUCUACGUCAUCAUGUGAAAUCUCUGUGGUGGACUCAGUCAGCAGCUGCCCAGCCUGCCGGGCCAGUGACUCUUCUGCUUUAAGCUCUCUCAAAACUGAGUGGAUAACUCAGGGCUCACUGUCUCAGAGUGAGGUCAAGACUGCAGAUCUGGAGAACAGCAUCGACAGGUUUGAAGCAUGCAGCAGCAGCAGCAGUGAACAGAGCAACCCAGCCGCAGCUUCCAGAGACUCUGUCAAAUGCUCUAGGGCCUUACAGAGCUUGGUGGUGGAGCUAAAGACAGAACUGAGCAAACAGAGGACUGAGUAUGAGACUAGUAUCAAAAGAAUUGAAGAAACAAGUGCAGACCUGAGGAAACAAGUGGUUAGGUUAGAAGAAGAACUGGACCAAGAACGAAAGAAAUACACAAUGCUGGAGAUAAAGCUGAGGAAUUCUGAACGUGCUCGUGAAGAUGCUGAGAAGAGAAAUCACCUCCUACAGAAGGAAAUGGAAGAGUUUUUUUCAACAUUAGGAUGUUUAACUGUUGGGAGUCAAAGUGCUAAAGUCCCCAAGUAG